AUGUAGAAUAACAAAAGUAGGCAGAAAAAAGUCUCUAACUAGUCUAACUUACCUGGCAUCAAACAGCGGUCAAUUUGAUUUCUUCGCCUGCGAUAUGGCUAGAUCUAGCAUUCUAGCUCUAGAUCUAGAGCUACCCCUGCAGUGUCAGUACUGUUAGUGCAUUGAGUUGAGUAUCACUAUGAAUGUGCUCAAUGAUUUUUGGAAUGAUGACGAUCAAGAAUUAGCCAAUAUUGAUGUUCUUGAGAACUGUGUUAAUUGUGAAAAUAUAAGUGCAGCACAAAGACUGGAAUGUGAUAGCAUUAUCAGAACUAAAGGAACACCACAAAUAUGCUUCAGGCCUGAAUAUCUCACAGUAUCAGACUUGGUCAAGCAACAAUGGUGUGAACAACAGCUGGUGUACAGUCUGGAUCCAGGAAUAUAUUUAAUUAGAGCUCCACCAGGAAUGGUAGUAGACAUUGAAGAAACCCCUGAACAAAAGCUUGUUAAAAAAAAGGGAUCAGACAUUCACUUUCAAAGAGAAUUGGAGAUUCAGGUCCCAAUACAGGUGAACAUUGAAACCAAAGAAGAUGACUGGGGUGUGAAAUUUCUCAAUCUUCAAUUUGCUGUACAAUCAUUUUACAAUGGCAACAGACUUGCUAGGGAGAUUCCAGUGUUUGGUGUGCCGUUUGACAAGGAUGUCUUUGUUUACGGCAUAAUUGAUGAAUUACAAUAUAAUCUAAAUGAAUAUACUGUCAUUAUAACUGAACUAAAGACGAGAAGAAAUUCAUUUCCUCCGAAACAGGGUCAGAUUAGAAAAGACAAAUAUCAGGUGUCUCUAUAUGCUCAGCUCUUCAAUGACCUUGUUGAGGGGAGAUUUUCUAAAGAAUUGAUGGCUGCCAAACUGCAGCUCAACAUCAAUGCACAGUUCAGUAAGAGUGUUAUGAAACACAUUACCCAAUCAAGAAUCAACUCAGCUAAUAAGAUUCAUACUCUUGGGGCCUUAAUUGAUGCAGUAUUAACUCAGGUUCAAGCAAUGCCUCCUGUACAUUUUGCCAAAGUGGAAUAUAUCCAUCAAGAAACAAAACAGGUCAUCUCUGUUGUAGACUUCUGUUUGGACUUUCAGUCAUUAGCUGAGCAAUACAGUAGACACAUUGAAUGGUGGCUGGCCAAAAGAGGUACCGCAGGGGUAGAGGUUGAAGACUGCUGGAAGUGUAGUUACUGUCUGUUCUCUGAAUUUUGUGAGUGGCGGAAAGUCAUGGCUGAAAGGGCUACUAAAGAAGCUUAUAGAACAAAAUGUGUGACAGACGCAAGUCUUAGGUGAUUUCAUCUUUACUGGAGAAGCUAACUAUACCUUCAAAAAAAUUUAAAAGCUGAAUCUCAUGUACACAUUUUCUUUAAUUGAUGUUUCUCUCUUAAAAUUUACAAAUUAAUAUUUCCUGCCAUAACAUGUUAUAAUACUGGUUAUUUCCAAAUGAUCUUCACUGCUGGUGUUACUGAAUCCAUCCAUUCUUUUGUCUACUAGAUAACACUUGCCAUAAUGAUUCAUCAGGUAGUUUAUGACAUCACUUAAAUGCUUUCACAGAAUUUAACUAGGUUACUGCAAGUUUAGGCCUAUCUGUGACACAUAAAUGUUACGGUUAUAAAUUUUUUCUCUCUGUUUUCUCACACGUUGCCGCUCAGAGUCAGAGGAUUCAGGCGUUGGUGGCAAUAAAAUAAAAAAACAGAUUACAAUAGUUUCAAAGAGUAACUACACACUCUAAGUUUACUAAAACAAAUGGGAACUACUCACAUUAGGCAAAAUACAAGGGAUGCCCAACUAAUCUAUCGUGUGCUGUACAUAAAGCAUCAGACCGCUCAAACGGCUUAAAUGUAUUUAAUUUUAUUUAAUACAUAAACAUUACACAUAUGUUAUAUAUCUUAUGUUGGCCCCAACGGUCAAAUCAAGGACACAGAGGUCACAAAGUUGACAUUUACAUAUUGUUUGGACGAGCCCCCAUUUCUGUCAGGUGGGUUUUGUCGCUUAGGUAGGGCAUGAUAUGAUGGUCCCGUAUCCCCAGCCUGAACAGAGUAACACAAGAACCUAAAGGUAAUAGCAUGUAAAAUACAAACAUUGAAUAACAGUUAUUCAACUGAACAUUUAGUGAAUAACAACAGUUGUCAACAGGAACAAUAUUUAAUUAUACUUAAUUGUAAUUUUCAAACAUAUUCACAUAUGCAUCAAUAUCAUUGAAGUUAGCAUUUGAUUAAUAAUUAGUCUAGUAUCACACCAACAAGUUUCCGUAACACACCUUCACGCUCACAAUCCAUCUCGGCGCCCAACAGAACCUCAACUCCCUACACCUCAACACCGAUAGUUACUCCACAACUCCAAGAGCGGAAAGAUGACACACUUUCCCAUAGCCCAAAGCCUAACACCCCUUACAAGGAGAACCAACAAAACUAGCUACCUAGCUCACAAAAGAAGCUCUCUCUCUCUCUCUUGCGGGAACUAAGGGUGACGUAAACACACACACACACACAAAAUAUUCUAGACAACAAAACGCACUUAAAAGAAACUACUUUCUAUACGCUAAAACACCAAUAUUAAAUGCAAAGAAAACUUCACGCGCACACGACAGUAAACAUAUAUACAAAGUUUAUACAUGAGUAAAAUAAAGUCAAAUAAAUGUUUAAAUAAAAGGCCAUUAACUCACCGGCCUUAUCAGAAAAUAAACAAAAGUUACAGUCAAAAAUGGUAUGGCAAACGGCCCGAGUCAUAUGUUACAACUAUGUAAAUAAAUGGCCAUCAACUCACCGGCCUUCUCAAAACAAAAUAAAAGUUACACUUUCCAAAAAAAGUAUGGCACACCGCCCUAGUCAUAUGUUACAACUAUGUAAAUAAAUGGCCAUCAACUCACCGGCCUUCUCAAAACAAAAUAAAAGUUACACUUUCCAAAAAAAGUAUGGCACACCGCCCUAGUCAUAUGUUACAACUAUGUAAAUAAAUGGCCAUCAACUCACCGUCCUUCUCAAAACAAAAUAAAAGUUACACUUUCCAAAAAAAGUAUGGCACACCGCCCUAGUCAUAUAAUAUAUACACUAUUGUCAUAGUCUGGUAAUCACACAUCAGUGUAGAAAAAUGAAGGUCACAGGCCUCAGGUCAGUACACGACCACUUUUGGCCACUCUGGGGUUACAGGCUUCAGGCUUACACAGCCAACUGAAGGUCACAGGCCUCAGGUCAGUACACGACCACUUUUGGCCACUCUGGGGUUACAGGCUUCAGGCUUACACAGCCAACUGAAGGUCACAGGCCUCAGGUCAGUACACAACCACUUUUGGCCACUCUGGGGUUACAGGCUUCAGGCUGACACAGCCACUUUUAGCCAAAAAAAACAAAAGGGUCAUGCUAUACUAUAAGCUUCAGGGAAGCCUAUGAGCCUACAAGCUUCAUAGAAUCUCACCUAUAGACAUCUGUUCGGUAAAGCCUAUCUGAUGAUUCAAUACAGGUUGAAUCCCUCAGAGACAAGGCUAUAAAAAUGUCACAUUUGGGAGUACCCCAGGAUGCAGAACAUCAGGAUUAAACAUACUGCCUGGAAAUCAUUUGAGGCUAUAUCUACUAAUUAAUACAUUAUAUAAAAUACUACAAUGACUAAAGAUAUACUUAGCCCAAAGAUCUCCAGAGCACUUCUCCCAAGUACCCCAAGACACACGACCACUAACAGAAAAAAUACAAUUUACAACACAGGUCCAGUGGUCAAGCUGGUAACUCAGGAGCAAGUGGCAACUAAACACGGUCUACAUGCCCUUAUAUAAACUUCAUAAGGGGAAUCAAUCUAGUCUUUACAAUAGCUCAAAAAUAAUUAACUCCCCAUUAUGUCACAGUGGUUGUAAAAAGAUUGAGCGUCCAGCAGUCUAAUUUUGGAUGCCUUUUUUUUCUUUUUUCUCAAGAAAUUCAAAGUGACAAAUAUAUAAUACAUUACAUAUCAAAUUUUAUUGCUCAACAAUAAUAAAUAAAUAAAAGCAUGAGCACAAGACAAUUAUAAAGCAUGACAAAAGUAGGUCUACCGCACUGUAAUGGCUUUAUGCUAAUAAUAAACACUCUCUCUUUUCAAUGUAGCUUUGGGUUCUGAUAAUGUGAGCGUCGUGGUCUUGUGUAGAGCAUGCGUGUCAACAAUUAUCACAAGUAUUAAGAUACACUGAGCGAUGAGCUUGUUAGCAGAGAAAGAGUUUAUUGAAUAAAAUAAACAACUUGGCAAGUCGUCCAACCAUAAAGGCGUAGUACGCAAUUGAACAAUAGUCCAACUUCGGAAUACACUCACAGCAAUAUACAAUAUUGAUUCUUGAAAAUAUUUCUUAAAAUCAUUUAAGCUAUCUAUUUUUUGGUUUCUUUGGUACUGGUAAAUUCUCUGAAGUUUUCCAGAUGUGUGGAAUCACGCACAUUUGCAACAAGUGGUUUAAUAUGUGAGAGAAGAUAAACAAGAUUUGUUCCGCACAUAGCUUUUUCAGCUUGCCACUAAUUUUAUCUGGCCCAGAAGCUUUGAUUACGUUUACUCUUCUAAAUAAUAAGGUCACCUCAUCUUCGGUUACAAAGUUGAUGUAGGGUUUUUUGUUUGCCAUAGGUCAGAAUGUUGAAAAUUUCUUUUGUAAAUCUCCUUUGUCGAAACAAGAAUAAAAAUCAUUUUGUUCAUUGGCCAAUUUCUCCUCAUGAUCCACUGAAAGUUGUUCUCGUUUCGUGGCGCAGCCCUUUUAUUUUCUUAAAUCCUUCCCAACAUGCUUUUGAGUUGUUAUUUCCAAAGAAAAUUUUUAGCACUAAACCAAAUGGCUUGUCAUUCCAGAUGUAAACUCCUUCCAGUCCUGGCAGAGCGCAUUUAAAAGCAGUGUACUUUCUAGAAGAUUAGUCCAUUUGAUCUGCCAGAAACCUCUAUUCAGGUCCAUAGUGAAUAUGGAGGCCUUACUGUGCAUGUUGAGAAUACUGUCUGUGUUGGGUAAUGGUUCAGCAUCAACUAUUGUGCAGUCAUUUACUUCCCUUUAGCCACAGCACAUUCAAACUCCUUUGUCUUUUUUUGUGUUAACUAUCACCAUUUAUGGAACAUAAGGACUACUCUCACAUCUUUCUCUUCUACCCUCUUUAAUUAGUUCUCUCAUUUCUUCUCAAACUAAAUCCUCAUAACCCUAAGGUACAUUGUAGGCUUAACUUCUCACUUGUAAAUCUUUAUUUAGUUCUCGUCUGUGUUUUAUGAUGUCUGUACAGCUUGGUUUUUUUCCGUUAUUAUGUCAGCAUGCUUAGUUUUUAUGUCCUGCAUUCUAUUUCUCUCACCUUUCAUGGAGCUAUUAUAUUCAGAUCUAAUAGUAAUAGUGUUGACUGUAUUGUACUCACAUGAAAUAUGUGACUCUAGGUUGUCUGUUUCUAAUACUUUUACUUCGGCCACAUUAUAUGAUUGUAUUUCUUUAGUUUCAAAUUUUUGUAAUUCAUCAAUGUUUAGAGAACAUUCUUUUCCGUUUUGUCUAUCUUAAAUACUUUGUUGCCUGUUUUGUCAUUUACUUUCAUUUUUAUUCCUGCUAAAUUUAUCUUCAAUUUUUACAUAAACUUGAUCUCCAAUAAUAACUCCCUUAGUUUUCUAUUUCUAUUCUUGAUGACCCUGUGCCUCUCCAGAUUGUUUUCAAUGUUAUCUUGAGAAAUGCGUAUUGCCUGUCAUAGCUGUUGUUUUGUAUCUGUAAUCCAAGGGUGGUAACCCUCAUAGUUCUCUAGUUCCAGCAUGUUGUCUGCUUUUUGGUUUCCUCCCAAAAACGAGUUUGUAUGGUGAGAACUGUGUUGUUUCAUGUGGGCUGGUAUUAUAAGCGAAGAACAUGUAACUUAGCGUCUGGUCCCAGCUGUCCAUAGAAUCCUUUUCUUACUUGUAGAUUGUCUCUUUUAUCGUUUUGUUCCAGCGUUCUAUUACACCGUUUGCUUGGGCAUUGUAAGCUGUGCUGUGUACAAGGUGUAUAUUUGUCAUAUUUGCGAACGCUUUGUUCAAGUGUAUUGUAAAGUUAGAGGCAUAUCAGAUAGUAGCUUGUUUGGAAAGCCAAACUUGAGAAACAGAGUCCUGAUAGUAGUGCAGAUAUCCUCUGCUUUGAUUUCCUUCAAUGGAUAUGCUUCGACACAUCUAGUGGAUAUAUCAAUAAUUCCUAGUAUAUAUCUAUUACCUUUGCUACUUUUCCUUACUGGUUCUACAAUGUCUACUGCUAUAUUAUCCCAGAAUUUCCUGAAAAGAUUUUAAAUUAUAGAAAUAAUGCUCAAGUCUUCAGAAAUUGUAUUUUUUUAGAAUCAUCAAAUCAAGGACAACAUAAUAUUCAUGAACUUCCAGCUAUCAGCACUGUACUGGUAGAUAUUAUGGAGCACAUUCUCCUUCCACUCAGAGGAUCACAGCUCUGGACAAAUUCUAGUACUGUUGGCAGGAUAGAAACAACAUCCAUUAAAUGCUCAAAUAGCUUUCACAGAUCAAAUACAAUCAAGUUUUCCAAAGUUUCAUUUUUCUCGAUGAAUUUGUGGCAUUUCGAUAUGUAAGGCUUGGCUUGCUGUGUCUGUGGUAGGAGUAUGUUGGGAUUGACUUUUGCAGCUUCAAGUCUAGCGCAUUCAAUUUUGUCUUCUUGUGCCUUCAUUUCUUUCUCUAUUUCUUUCAUCUCCUUUUGAUGCAGCUUGUUCAUCUCGUUCUCUUUCUCUUUUUGUUCAGCUUUUUCUAAUUCCAUUUGUAUAAAUUGAGUCUUUCUAUCACAUGUGAGACUCAUUUCUUUUACUAACUCCAAAACUUUGUCGCAGUUAAACAUUGUUGAUUGAUAUAGUUAUCAAUACUAAGUAGGAUUUAAAUAUGUGUAUAGUGUCAACAAAUAUUAAAUGAUAUUCAAAUAUGUGUAUAGUGUCAACUCUGUAGUGAAUGCUUAGUCCAGAGGUAGGUGUCAAACUCUUUUAAAAGUUGGGCCAGUUUACCACAUUGGUUCAGGGUUCUUACGUUCCAUAUACCAAUUAGGGUAGGUUUUUUUUGCAUUGAAGGGCUUGCCAUGUACUGGUAUUGGUCAUUGGACGUCCUGUUGGGUUUGGUCUAACACCGUCAUCGAGGUUUGGCCUCCCUCGCCACAUGUGAAAUUAUCUUUAUGUUUCAAGUUUGCCGUCUCUAUAGUAACUAAGGUUUUACAGGGUGGUCUCACUUGGGCUACUGACCAGCAGAUGGCAAGUCAAUAGUUUUGCAUUGAUUAACAGCUUUGUAGACGUCUUCACGCAAAAGGGUUGGGUCUUAGUACGUAUAAAGUGGAAAAGUCUAGUAAUGUCAGAGAUUGUUAUGUAGUAGCUUAGAGUUCUUCACCAUUCAUCAGGGAUGCAAAUUGGUGUCUCAACUUUAAACUUCUGCAUAAUUAAAACUAUACCAGAAAAAAAACGUGCCUGAUGUUUUUGCUUUAAAUGGGAACAAAAAAAACUGCUUUAAAACUGCCUUAGCUUUUUAUUAAUCUGUUCAGUGAAAAUGCUUCACUGUUAUCUCCAUAGCUUUUAUUUUUUGCAUAUUUUUUUAAAGUUCUUUGAUUGGGUCCAGAUGUUUAAAGCACAAAUUGUCAUUUCAGGAAAUUUAAGACCACUCUCAAAUUCAUUGAAUUAUUUUCAAUUGGCAAAAAAAACAAAUAAAGCUUAGCAUUUGAUUGCUACUUUUAGACAUGAACCAAAUUCAUAUUAACUGGGGAUAAUUGAUGUGCUUUCUGCCAAUUCUUCACUUAAAAAUUCCAGAUUUACUCAGAUUUAUUAGGUUUUUUUUUUUAAAUAUGCUUAUCUGCCUUAGUUUUUCAAAUAUGCUUGACUGCCUUAGUUUUUUGAUAAGUGAAUAUGCUUGACCAUCUUCUCCAUUUCUUUUGCUGAUUUUUCAAAGUUUUUUUUUUACUUUGACUUGAAAUUUAAACUACAAAUGGUGAUUUGAGGAAAUUUAAGAACAUCGUCAUAAAAUAUGUUGUUUUUUCUUCCAGAAACUGAUCUUCUUAAACAGUUAGAUCAGAGUAGCAAUCCUCAGCAUGGUAAGAACUCAACGAUUUCUUUCCUGGUAUUUCUUUUAAUAAGAUCUUUUACACAGUCUUUGACAUGUAAACACCAAAAGUCUCUCGAUAUGAAACUCAUACAUAGUUAAAACUUUACCAGUAAAUACUCAGCCUGAUGUGUUUAGAUACAGUCAAGGAAUUUUAGCAAGAGGAAAAAAUCCUUUUUUCGCCAUUUUUAUUAUUUCUGUGACUUAAGCUGAAAGAUAUUGUUUGACCAUAAUAUGGACACAUAAAUUUAUGCUGUGCUUGAACUUGUAUCAGCUUGUUUUGUAAAUCAAGAUGUCUGGUAUAAUGUUUCAAAUAGAAUAAAUGUUAAAACUAUACUUUGAAUUUUUUAUUUUUUUUAACACUGUUAUUCAGAAAAAAAAUUUGUUCUUAAAUUUCUGCAAAGGGCUUUUUGUGUCUCUGUCUUAUGAUUUAUGGACUAAUUAGUAAUAAGACACACUGUUAUGAUGCAAGUUCUUUUUAACUGUUUAUGAUUCUACACAAGGACUAGUGAACGUUGUAGCAGUUUCAAUAUAUAUUCAUUAUACAAAAACUUGACAACUUCAACUCUAUUCUCUGUACAACUCCAACUUCUACAAACUUUUUAUUAUUUGUUCUAUAAGCUCCCCACAUUCCAACUAACUCUCUCCACAAGCUCCAAGUUCUAACAUUAAAAAAAUCAGGCCUGAAAUAUGUUUUCUUCUCCACCCAUACUUUUUUUACUUGUAUCUGGUCAAACACAUCACGUAGUCACUUUUAUUGCCUCACAUUGCACAGUCAUCCACCCGUAUUGUAUCAACAAACAUCAUUCAGACAUUGACACAUACGUCCUCUUGUGUCUCUAGUCUCCCCACACACCUACUGUACUGUGUUUUGUGACACAUUGUAACAUCUCUAUUACUACUCAAUUUACCGGAUGUCACUUUGGGUUCUUGUGUGUGCAUCUGGUAUCUUAAAUAGAACAAUAAACUUUAAAAUAUUGAAUAGGUAACUCAGUAGUAGCAGACAAUAAAUUUAUUGAAUAAAGAUAACUUGGCUGAUAAUCCAGCCACAUUUUCUAGAUCUAGUAAGUCAGAUAAUCCGAUGGAGUUUUGGUUAGCUUAUAAAUAAUAAUUAGAGGGGAAAAUCCUUUUCACAAUUAUUUUUUUUCUGUGAUGAAAGCAAAGCUAGUCUAGAUUCUAUUUCAGAUUUUAAAAUGAUUCAGUUUUGGGUUAAUGACUGAAAGUUCACUACAAUGGAAAGGUAAAGACUCGGUUUUGUUUGGUUUUGUAUCCCCAUUUUUCUGCAGAACUUGUUUGGCUUUAUUCUAUAUACAAGUCUACACAACCUGUGCUUAAACUUAAAUAGCAGAUCUAUUUUGUGAAUGGAUAUGUCUGGUGUGAUGUUUAAAGUAAACAGAAUGUUCAAACUAUAAGUAGAAUGUAAUGUAUAUAUUGACAGUCUUUUUUUUUUUGUCCAGAGUGUUGACAUUGUUUAUAUGAGUAUUUUGAAUGAUUCCCCUUGACCAAGGGAGUGAAUAUUGGAAUGUUAUGUGCCAUGUGUGUUAACAAAGUGUGUAAAUAAAUUCACUCAUUAUAGUGUUGGCUUUGUUUAUGGUUAUUAACCCAUUAGCUCCUUCUGCAGUUGGAAACAUUUUCCCGUUUUUGUCCUAAACCGUUGAACGUUUCUAAAACCCCCUAUUCAAUAUACUUGAUUUAAACUUUUAAAAAACAAGAUUUCUUCUAGUCUCGUUGCAAGCGUGAUUACAAAUCAUUUUGGAGAUUACCAAUUCUAUUUUUAAUGAAAUCGGAAAGGUUUUUAUUUUUUAAAUAAUUUUUCAAACGAACAGGCCCAUAGCCCCAGUGUAUAAGCCCCCCACGUGGGGAAAUGACUAUUUUUGAAGUUUUUUAUAUUCUAGUGGUAUUAAACGUAUAUAUUUUUUAAAACUAGACAUAUAGUUCUAUUUUUUAAAGUUAUUUGUUUGUUUAUUUGUAUUAGAUCUUCAAUUUGAUUAUUUUUUGCAAAAUACAUAUUUUUUAGGAUUUUUUAAAUACGGAGUUAUCACUCCUUGCUUAGGACUUUGAAGGGGGUUUUUUGAACCGGAAAUAGGAGCUAUUGGGUUUAGUUUAGCGUUUCUAGUUAACACGGGGGGGCUUUAUCUCUUUCAGACUUACCAGUACUGUAAGACAGUUCGGGGGCUACACAAGUAUGAACCUGCUGAACUUGAACUGAAAUGGCAAAUCUCUUUAGUAAAAAGGUUUUCGUAUUUGCCACAUUAGCAAAUUAAAAUACAAGAUGUUUGUUUUGUCAGUUUUCUUUUGUUCUAUCUUAUCUAUCUUCACAAAAGUUUCCUUAUUUAUCUCUGCCAAUCCUUUUGCAGUUUGCUCAUAUUUUUGGCAUAUAUCUAAACACUUCUUCAAUGUGAGACCAUCGUGAUUCAAUAAUCUCUCCUGCAGUUUUUUCUCCACGGAGAAUACGAUUUUGUCUCUAAUCAUUCUAUCUUUUUCCUUGAAAUUACAUUUUUCAGCCUGAGCUCUAAGCUGCUUAAUGAACACGUCACAAGAUGACACCUUUUCCAUGUUCCAAAAUCUGAAACUUUCCAGAACUUCAUUUUUUCUGGGGUUGCAAUAGUCGUGUAAUUUCUUUAGUAAUAUUUGCGGGUCAUUUACGUCUUCAUUCUCAUCAUACUGCAACUGCUCACAAAUCUCUUGGGCCUGAGGUCCAGCACAAUGUAGUAUUAUUGCUUUUUGUCUGAUUUUAGGUUUUUCUUCAGCUCCUAUUGCUAACAGAAACAGUUCUACUUGUUUUCUUCAUUGACGAAAGUUUUCACUGACAUUACCUUCAGUCACAUUUAACUCUGUUGGUGGUUUAAGUAGACCUUCUGCCAUCUUCAAUGAAAACUUCACUAUAGUAUAUCUACCGUAACUGAAUAACCCCGAGCCUCUCUAACUCUCUCCAAAAGCUCCAAGUUCUAACUAAAUCUCUCCACAUUUCAACUAACUCUCUCCACAAGCUCCAAGUUCUAACUAAAUCUCUCCACAUAAACUCGAGAAACAAAUAGACCUGUGUGGCAUAGGGAUUAUGAUAUGUACUAAGAAUUUUUAUGACAAUAUUAAUAUGCAUGUUGAAAUAUUUAUUCUAUAUGUGUCACACUCUCAAUUGAAAUUUAUUUUUAUUUUUAGUUGUUAUAAUAUUUAUAAAAUAAGAUGAGUUAUUAAUGUUUGUUAUUUUAAUUGCAAAUAUUUCUGAUAUGUAUUUUGUUAGCUAUAGAAAGGGAAGGAUGUUGAUGUGUGUUUUAUAUAGGUUGCACCAAUCGGUGUUUGGGAGUAACAUCCCUUGUAACUGUUGUUGUCAACCAAGAUGGCGUUUGAUUAAACAGCUGAUUUCAUGUCUUAUAAUUUAUAUCCAGAAUCUUGUUAUUAUUCGUUCAUGAUAAUCAACACAAGAUACAGAUUGUCUAGUUAAAUAGCUAGAAAUAAAGGUUGAAUCCAUCAUAUGAUGGAUGUAAACUUGGAUUUGAUGAAUAAUGGUUGAUAGCUAUCUCUAAGGAUUAUAAUCACAUGCUAAAUAAUUCUUUUAAUGCAUCAUCACUUUUCCCCACAAAAUAAUUUAACUGUUAUGAUGUGAGUUCUUGAAUUGUUGAUGUUGGUUAAUUACAAAAACUAUUCUAAAUCUUCUCACUCUUUAAAUUCUAACACUAACUAAAUAUAGCAAAAUCAAGCCUUUAAAUACAUUUUUGAUUUGCCUGAACAUUUGCAUAUGCACCUGUUCAAUUAACAAAAGGGACAAUAGUAAACAGAUAAAUUCUUCAGUAGUACACAGAACCGUUCUAUUGUUCUUGUUUGCAUCUCAGGAUCACCCACCCGUAUCAUAAUACAAUGACAAGAAUGUCUCUAACUAGUUGAACCUCAAUUAACUUUCUAAUUUACCAGGUUAUUAGGGGGAAAUACUUUAGAGCACACAACUUAAAAACACUAUUUGAUAAUGUCGACCCUGGGAAAAUGAUCAGUGGGUAGAUGCAUGUAAAAACACUGUUUGAUAAUGCCGACCCAUAUAAAAAACACUGUUUCAUAAGGUCGACCCAUAUAAAAAAAACACUGUUUCAUAAUGUCGACCCAUAUAAAAAACACUGUUUCAUAAUGUCGACCUAUAUAAAAAACACUGUUUGAUAAUGUCGACCCAUAUAAACAAGGUCGACCCUGGGAAAAUGAUCAAUGGGUAGAUGAAUGUGUUAUUAGUUACCAUUACAUUCUGAUAAUGAUACCUGUUUGUAAGAAGCUCUUUAUGUUCUGCUUUAAAAUAAGCUUCCUACGUUGCCUCAGAUACCAGGAUAUUUGGGGGAAAUAUUUUAGAGAACAUAACUUAAAAACACUGUUUGAUAAUGUCGACCCUGGGAAGGUAAUGGGCUUUGUCCGGGAGGUGGGGUUGUCAUCGAAGGUUUGAUUUGCAAUAGGGCAAAGAAAUUGUGAACAUAAACUAUUUAAAACAGAUUUUUAUUAAAUUAAUAAAUUUUUACUAUCUUAACAUUGAAUAGACCUUGUUUUUAAUGACUUAACUGUAUAAAAUUUAGCUCUUGUGAUAUGAAGGGAGAAUAACCCUUGAGGGAUUAUGGGCAUGACAUGGCCUAAAUUGUGCC